GUUACCCCUCCUCCUCGAGCGCGUUGUUCUAAAUCCAGUGACGUAUUUCCGGUUAACUGUCAAACUUCAUGUCAGUUGACGCCAGUUGAGGCUCGGACCAAAAGCCAGUCCCGACCGGAGUCGAACACUUUGAGCGGACUGAAGGCAGUAAAGAGACAUGUCUUUUAUAUUUGACUGGAUCUACAGAGGCUUCAGCAGCGUCUUACAGCUACUAGGGUUGUACAAAAAGACUGGAAAGCUGGUGUUCCUUGGACUAGACAAUGCUGGAAAAACAACACUCCUGCACAUGCUCAGAGAUGACAGACUUGGGCAGCAUGUGCCAACACUACAUCCAACAUCUGAGGAGCUGACCAUCGCUGGAAUGACUUUCACAACGUUCGACCUCGGAGGGCACACACAAGCACGAAGAAUCUGGAAGAACUACCUCCCUGCCAUAAAUGGUAUAGUCUAUAUGGUGGAUUGCGCUGAUCAUGAGCGACUGGUCGAGGCAAAGACUGAACUCGACGCCUUGUUAACAGACGAAACCAUCGCCAAUGUACCAGUUCUCAUCCUGGGGAAUAAGAUAGAUCGUCCAGAGGCCGUCAGUGAAGAUGCACUCAGAUGCACGUUUGGUCUUCAUGGACAUACAACUGGAAAGGGCAAAGUGUCCCUGAAGGAGCUGAAUUUGAGGCCAAUGGAGGUUUUUAUGUGUAGCGUGCUGAAGAGGCAAGGAUAUGGAGAGGGUUUCCGCUGGCUCUCACAAUAUAUCGACUGAUUUACGCACUUUUAAUGAAAUCAUGACAACAUGAA